GCCACCGCCCAUCAGCUGAGAUCGGCUGCGGAGGGCUGUGGGCCCCCGGGGUGACAGCGGCCGGAGGAGGCGCAGGAGGAAGCCAGAGAGGUUACGGUGACUCCUAGAAAACCAGCUAGCCUACUUGCAUCUGAUGAAAUCAGCCAGUCAGCCAGCCAGCCAUGUCUUACACUCCUGGGAUUGGUGGGGACCCUGCCCAGCUGGCUCAGCGCAUCUCCUCUAACAUCCAGAAGAUCACACAAUGCUCGGUGGAAAUACAGAGAGCUCUGAGUCAACUGGGAACACCUCAAGAUUCACCGGAAUUGAGGCAACAGCUGCAGCAGAAGCAACAGUAUACUAACCAACUUGCGAAAGAAACAGAUAAGUACAUUAAAGAGUUUGGAUCUCUGCCCACCACGCCCAGUGAACAGCGUCAAAGAAAGAUACAGAAAGACCGAUUAGUGGCGGAGUUCACCACAUCGCUGACAAACUUUCAGAAGGCCCAGAGGCAGGCUGCCGAGAGAGAGAAGGAGUUCGUUGCUCGAGUGCGAGCGAGUUCCAGAGUGUCGGGUGGUUUUCCUGAAGACGGCUCAAAAGAAAAGAAUCUUGUAUCCUGGGAAAGCCAAACACAGCCCCAAGUGCAAGUUCAAGAUGAGGAAAUCACAGAGGACGACCUCCGCCUUAUUCAGGAGCGAGAGUCUUCAAUCAGGCAGCUGGAAGCUGAUAUUAUGGACAUUAAUGAAAUAUUUAAAGACUUGGGGAUGAUGAUUCACGAGCAAGGAGAUGUGAUUGACAGCAUAGAAGCCAACGUAGAGAGCGCGGAGGUUCAUGUGCAGCAGGCAAACCAGCAGCUGUCAAGAGCGGCAGAUUACCAGCGCAAAUCCAGAAAAACCCUUUGCAUCAUCAUUUUUAUCCUCGUUGUGGGAAUUGUGGUUAUCUGUCUCAUCGUAUGGGGGCUGAAAGGCUGAGCCGGGAAGGACUGGACCUUCUGCAUGACGUUGUCUAAGUCUCGUAGGCAGAUCCUCGUCAUCAGUGUCAAUUAUUAUUUUAAGGCUGUCGUGUAAAGGAUGGUUCCACAGUUUGUCAUUUUUACUGGUGGGGGUGGGGUGAGGGAGGUUCCUUUGGAUUCAACCUGAUAUUUUCUAAUACUGGAGCUUUUUCUAAAUACCCUUGCUGGUAUAACUUCCAUGCUUUUCAGUUCAAUGACUGUUGGAUUUUGCUCACAUUGUAUAUGCCUUUCAUUUAUAAUUUAUUUAUAUUGUUUGACUGAGUUUGGGGAAUUAUUUGAUUGGCGUCUGUGCUCUGUCUCUGCACCUCAGUCACUGUGUAACAUGUAUAACAUGAUUGUGCUAUCUUAUUUAAAAAAAGUUUAAAUUUGAUUUGUCCAGCAAAUAUUCUCAAUAUCAACGUCUUAACAUAACUGUUUGUGGGACAUUUUAUAGCCAGUAGUUCACAGCAGUGCAGAUCAUUACUGAUCUUUCGUUAUUGGAUUGCAAUGACUAAAUCAGUGAGUCAUUUCCCGAUGUGUAUCUAUGCAUUUUCUGUAGAUAGUAAAGAUAGUCUGUAUUUACACACGGUCUAUUUAAUUCGCUGUGUGCUAAGGAGAGUAUCGUUAUUGUAAUGGUCCAUGUAAGUUGGAGGAAGUCUCUGAAAAACCCACACGGAUAUCUAUUCUGUUAGAUGCUAAAGAUUCCAAUUUCUUACUGCGCUGAACAGUUUUCACCAUACUGUCUGGUUUUGUGGGCCAUUAUUUACUUUCCCAGUUUUUUCUACAGAACAUUGAUUAGACAUGUAUCUUUGGAUCUUCUCUUCACAAAGUAAUGUUCCCACAGUUACAGAUUUGGGAUUUAAUUUUUAUACUUAAUUUUUGACACCUAAAUUUCAGAGUUUAUUUAGCAUGCCAUUUUUUUUUAACCAUCCUUUCUUAGAAUAGGCUAUCUGCCAGUGAACUUACUUACCUGUUGUUUUUUUUUUAAAUCAAUGAAUUAAUGUUUCAAUGCACUAACCUGAAUGCUGUAAAUGGGUCAUCUUAGUUUAUUGUUUGUUUUAUAAUGUACUCACAUAGCAGUUUGCUAGUGAAGGCAUUGUUUAAUGUGGCAGGUUCUGAAUCUUUUAACUGGGACAAGUGAAAUAUUAAGUGAAUCAUUGUAUCUUUGCAACCAGAAUAAAGAUGAUUUCAGCGA